AUUCGCGAGAUCUGGAAAAGGAAUCGGAGUCGCAUCUGACGAAUCACCUGACGUCAGAUCUCACGAACCAAUCAAAUAAGUGAAAGGAAGCCAUGUUUGUUUUCUUGUCUCUAGGCAACAUGUAUCAACAAAUCGAGCUGCAUUAUAACAAUCAAGUCGGAUAGUUAACGAGUUAGGUUUUUGUUGUCGUUUUCGUUUUAAAUCCCGGACAGCAUGAGGUCUUGAGGGGGAAAGUGUGAAAUAAAAGAGAAAAAGCAACCAUCUGAGAAGCGAUAGAGUUAUGAAAGGGGUCGUAUUGGAAAAACUUGCACCCCUGAGAAGAGAAGGCUUCAGCCACAAUUCACCUUUUCCUUUUAGACUGCAGGAAGACAAGGAGAGAAAGGGGGCAGCUAUGACAGACUGCCAGCAGGACAUUUUCCCCUAUAACAACUGGACAGAUCCUGUCCAAAGGAGGCACAACUCUGCCACUGCCAGGCGAAAAGUAUAUUCUGAAGAAAAGCAAAAUAUUUCCUUAGCAAGAUCUGAAAUGGACACUAUGUUCCCUCUGAAGCCUGGGUGCCACAGAAUAGCAUUUAACCGAAGCAACUGCCAAGCAGACAGUGAUUAUUUUAUACAAAAAGACGAAAAGAGGAUUGAUUGCCGUAAGGAGCACUGGGAAAACGGUAAACAGACCAGUAACAGGAGACAGGAGAAACACGAUAAGAGUAAAUUAGAGCAUUUUGAUGCUGACUCCAAUGACCUAUCCCGAGAAAGAGGUGAAGCCAAUAGCAAAUCACUCAAUGAGUACCAGAUAUUACACAAGGGCCAACGCAGACUUUAUGAAAAUGAGAUCCGGCUGACAAAGGAAAUACACAAAAAAGAAAUUUUAUUACAAGAAAAGCUGUUAAAGGCAGUGGAAAGACUGAGGAAGGUUCAGCUGAGAACUGCAUCUGAGGACAAGGUGAAAAGCGAGGAGCAGAGGAACACAGGGAAAGCAGAAAACAGGUUAAAUUAUACGGAGAAAGGAAACUGGGACUGGGAGAGCGCCAGAGACAGGGCUUUAGGAGGCAGAAGACAUGAAGGACAACGAGAGGGAUUCAAUAACUGGGUUAGAGCGAAAGAUGUUAUAGAAAGACAGGUGAAUCAUGUGAAAGAGACAAAUGCUGGUCAGAAAGAGAAAAAGAGAGAAGAAAUAAAGUGGGAGAGCCGGGGAAGAAAUACUCAGAGAACCACAAAGACUGUGGAAAAGGAAUGGGACCAUUUUGAAGAAAUGACAAGGCAUACGUGGGAAAGGACAAGAACUGAAAAAGACAAAACAAGGAGAGAAAGAGCAAUGGAAAGACAAGGGAGUGAGAUGAGAGAAUGGGACCAGAGAGACUGGCAGGAGAAGGAAAUAGUGAGAGUGAAUGAUGGAGAAAAGAGAAGACGUGAACGAGCAAAGCUCAAGAAAGACAUGGAGAUAGAUGAUGAGGAUCAGCAGUGGGACCUAAUGGACAAGUUUGCUUCAAAUUCACAUAUUAAAGGGAAAGCUGUCUCCAAGCAUGACAAAAUGAAUGUACUUAUAGAGGACCAUUUAGCAACUCAAGAGAGAGUGCAUCAGUAUAGUAACAGGGCUGCAGGUGAGCCUCUCAAAAAGCCACUCCCUGAAGCUGAUCCAAGCACUCAUAACAGUAAAAGGCUCCAGCAAGUGCAACUCAGUCCUGAAAGCCGUCCUGACACUGAUUUCCAACUUGUACCUUGUAAAGUAUGUAACAGACAUUUUACAGAAGAUCGUCUGGAGAAGCAUAUCAGCAUUUGUCAGAAAACACAAAAACCCAAACGUCAAGUCUUCGACUCCUCACAGUACCGGGCCAAAGGCACUGAGCUAGAGGAGUUUAUGAAGACAAAUGGUCGAAGUAAAGCACCAGAGCCCAAGAAGAGUAAUUGGCGUCAGAAACAUGAGGCUUUCGUUCGUAACAUACGCCAGGCUCGUGCUCCGGCACCCGGAGGCUUUCAGCCAAGUGCAGAUCUGAAUUCAGAUUAUGUAACCUGUCCCCACUGUAGCAGACGUUUUGCCCCUGGUCCGGCUGAGAGGCACAUUCCAAAGUGCCAGCACAUUAAGAGCAGACCUCCACCUCCCAGGCAGCGCCAUUAAACAUGAUGGCAGGGAUUGCAUAGUGAUAUUUUUGCCUUUUAGAAAAAUGUUUUAAUGAAUGGCCACUGCCCACAAAACUAAAUGACACUGUAAAAUAAUGCAGACAAAAUG